AUGGCUGACAGAGAUGAAGAGGUGGCAGAGUUGACGUCUAGAUGUGCGGAUCUGCAACUAUUGGAAGGAGAGGACGCUGAAGCGGAAUAUGAGGAAUCGGCCAUUGAUGACCCGUUGAUUGAUCUACGUUGGUGCUUAGUGGGGCGGUUCUUGGUGGAUAAUCCAGUCGACUUUGAAGCCAUGCGAAACAUGAUGGCUCUACUCUGGAAGCCAGGGAAGGGUCUUUAUGUCAAAGAAAUUGGUCCGAAUCGAUAUUUAUUUCAACGGUAUCAUUCCAUUGAUCUUGAACGCGUUCUUGAAGGAAGCCCGUGGACGUUCAAUAAAGUUCCACUAAUAUUUGCAAGACUGAAGCCAGGAGACAUACCAAGGGAGGUCCAUCUUCAUACGUUGGACAUGUGGGUCCAAGUUCAUGACUUGCAUCCGGAGUUCAUGUCAGAAAGGAUUGUUCGAGACCUUGGAAAUUUCAUUGGUACGUUCGUCAAAAGUGAUGAAAACAACUUCAUAGGGGUCUGGCGGGAGUACCUUCGAAUACGGGUUACUGUCGAUAUUGAUGUCCCUCUCAAGAGAAGGAAGAAACUGAAGAAGAAAGCGGGGGUUGAAUGCUGGGCAAAUUUCAAAUAUGAAUUUGUUCCUACGUUCUGUUUUAUAUGUGGUAUCAUAGGCCACUCUGAGAGGUAUUGUCCGAAAAUCUUUGAACAACCAGCCGACACCAUUGUCAAGCACUAUGGAUUAUUCAUGAAGGCGGCUCUGAAACGUAUCAAAUAUGCGGCUGGAGCAAAGUGGUUGGUAGCGGGGUCGGUUUCGCAGAUUCAUCUGGAUGAGCAGGGACGAUCAGGGGCAGGGAUCAACAGUGUAGGCACUCAUGGUAGGGGUGGCAGAGAGAUCAGAAACCCCGAGCAGGUAGGCGGUAUGUCAGGGAUACGCAUUCAUGAUGGAGGCAGUAAUGCAGCAUUGAAUGGGAAUCACAAGGGAAAGAAUAUUGUACCAGAUACGGGUAAUGAAGGAAUCUUCCAAGAGGAGAAUGAGGUGAUCUUGGAAGCAAAACGAAGGAGAACUGAAAUAGCUAGCCACGUGGAGAGCAGCGAGAUGAGGAAGACAAGUGAUGUUGAGAUGGGCAUUGGGGUUGAAAGUGAGAAGGAUCAUAUAGACUCAUCCGAUAUCAAUGGGUCAACUGGUGACAAUGAAAACAGACAGGAGGAUGCAGUAUCAAAAAACAGAUAUGGUGCGGAUCGGAUAGAAGCUGUGGCUAGGCAAUUACAAUUUGAGGGGUGUUUUGUGGUGGAUGCAGUGGGCAGGGGAGGUGGUCUAGCUUUGUUAUGGAAGAACAUGGAUGAGAUUGUAGUUCGAGGUUAUUCGCAUAAUCACAUUGAUGUUGAGGUUAGCAUAGGCGGUCUGGAGACAUGGAGGUUGACAGGAUUGUAUGGUGAGCCAAAUAGGGCUCUUCGUUGA